AAGACAGGAAUUAUAUAUGAUUAAAAAUCCGUUUCAAAUAUCCUAAUCACGCCACUACACUCCACCACAACCAGUUAGGUACCACAACACCCAACCGCACGUUGUAUGAGGCUAAUCUCGCAACAACCAACAGGAUUCGGGAAGUGGGUGAUGCUGCAGAGGGAGAACCUAAAUGAACUGGUUCCUUAUACCGAAGCAGCGUCCCUUUUGCGUCCCUUGGUGGCUCCUCUCGUACGUCUGGCAGCCAGAACCAGCGUCUUGUGGUGGCAUCAGAGUCGAUACCGGUGGUUCAACUUCGAGACCGAGAACCACACGCCAUGGAACACCAACAGGAAAAAGUUCUGGGAGCAGAAGCUGUACAUGAAUCAGUUUCGAGAUGGUGUCCCCUUCAUGGACAUUUGGCUGUGGGAAACAUACUUAAGAGGCACCGGCAUCUGGCAGUGGGACUCAACAGUGCCAUUCAACUUGGCCAACUUCCAAGAGUGCCUCGAACUUAGGAAGUUAGGAGUCGCCAAAGAAAAAAUAUACACAGGUCGGUGGUGGCACUGCCGGGACGCACACCAUUCAUCAUACGAGACGAAUUUCGACGAGAUUCACAUGCUGCUGAAUCUUCUAUGCAAUCCUUACAUCACUUCUGACCAAGCCUAUUGCUGUUCCGGAAGCUGAGGCAAGAUAGGGCUUUAAUAUCGUGUGACUUUUUGUUUAUUCAUCUUCGUUUUGUUGUCAUAUUGUUGUACUUAUUUGGAUUUUUGUAUGGAUCUCUAUAUAUGUGUGUGUAUAUUUAGUUGUGGAUUGUUAUUUGUAUGUGAAGGAAAAAAAUGUUUCUUACGCUCUCUGGAUAAAUCAUUAUAAUACAUAUGGCGUUCUUUCUAUACAACAGUUAUAUUUAUUCUUGAUAUGAAUAGAGCUAUUUCCAACCUCUGGGAAACGAGAAAUAAAUAUAUUAGUCAUUUAAUUAAUUCACAGAACAUACAUACAAAUAUAUACACUUCUGUGGGUGGAAAUAUUGAACCAUUUACAUAAUCCACGUGUUAUCUCUGUCCAAUAUUUAAGAAAAAGCAACAACUUAGUGGAAUCCGAAUGAACUGUCAGCUGGCACUUUCGCUUUCGUGACUGUCAUAAAGCAAGCGAAGGUGACAAGGCAUUAUGUCUUCUUUAAACAAAUUUGCCGAAAAAAGGACAGAAGCACACUAAAUAGCUUCAUUUCCUCAUUGAAGUACGUGUGUAUUUACUUACUGGAAUAUAUGUUACUGUUUUA